CUCUUUCCCGUGCUAACGGUGUGCGCAAGGAGCAAAAAUGAAGUUCAACCGCAACGUUAGCUCCUCCCGGCGCAAGAGCCGCAAGGCUCACUUCUCCGCGCCGUCGAGCGUGCGCCGGAAGCUGAUGACUGCUCCUCUGUCGCAUGAGCUGAGGAACAAGUACGGGGUGCGCGCUGUGCCUAUUCGCAAGGACGAUGAGGUGCAGGUCACCCGCGGUGCCUUCAAGGCUCGCGAGGGCAAGGUUGUCGAGGUGUACCGCAAGAAGUGGGUCAUCCACAUCGAGCGCGUCUCCAAGGACAAGAAGAACGGCGCCGUCGUGAACGUGGGCAUUGACCCCAGCAAGGUUAUCAUCACCAAGCUCAAGCUGGACAAGGACCGCAAGGCCCUGCUGGAGCGCAAGAAGGUCGCUCGCGCCGCGGAGAAGGGCAAGGGCAAGUUCACGGAGCAGGACGUUGCCAUGGCCAACGUGGACUAAGCUAGCGGCCCCUGUGGCCAGCUGGCAGAGGCCUCUCGCAGCCCGCUCGGUCUCCUCCGAGCUGGCGGCGUUGGGUCGCAGACCAGUCCUGCAACCACCGGCAGCAGUGGCGGCUCUCCUCCAGCUAGGUGGCCCGCAGCAAAACCAUAUGUCUCUGCAGUCGUGCAUUAUAGAUUAUACGCGGAGCGACAGAGAGCGCCUUUGCUGCAAGGCGCGUGGGCUUGCAGCGGCGUUCUUUGGGAGAGAGGCGUCAUGUGGGUCGCUUGCUCAGCUGCAAGGGGGAGCGUAUGACAUUGCGCAACUCCGGCUGCAGAGCGGCGGCUUGCUGUUGUGUGGGUGGUGGUGAUGAUGUUGAAGUCCGCCCCGAGCGGUGGGGGGCGGCCAGGCGUGAGCAGCCGAGCGCAAUGCUGACAGCUUCAGCGGGGGCCGGCAGUGGGCUGGGCUGGGCUGGGAUCGCCUGCCAGGGUGUGUGCGGAAGGAGCAGCCAGGUUGCGAGCAAGAAGGUUCUUGGCUCGGUGCAUGCUUUCGGCAGCGCUACUUCGGUGCAGCCGGAUACUGGGCUAACGUACAUGGGAGCCUGUUUGUAAGCAACUGACGUGCUGGU